UCAACAGUCUCUCUCUCUCUUUUUUUUUAAUUCUGAAAGAAGUCUCCCCCCACCAAGAUCCCAUCUCAAUCAAUCAUGGCCUUCUCUGCAAUAUUCCGGAGCUUUAACAGUUCAUUUUUUCUCAAAAACUCCAUCAAUCACCUUAAAAAAUCCACCAAAAACCCCACGAGGCCACCUCUAUCUUUCCACCAUGAAAUUUGCAAGCUCGAAUCUGAAGCAAACGAAUCAAGCCCAAGAGGUCCCUUCACUUGCAUUUCAGUUUAAAGAAUACAUGCUCACCAAGUUGAAGCAAGUGAACGAAGCACUAGAAGAGGCAGUGCCCUCAACACCCCUUAAAAUCCAUGAAGCAAUGAGAUAUUCUCUCCUUGGUAAUGGAAAACGAAUGUGUCCGAUUUUAUGCAUUGCUUCAUGUGAGUUGGUCGGAGGAGAUGAAGAACUAGCGAUGCCAUUGGCAUGUGCUCUAGAGAUGGUGCAUGCGAUGUCACUAAUCCACGAUGAUCUUCCUUGCAUGGACAAUGAUGAUCUUAGACGAGGCAAACCCACAAACCAUAAAGUAUUUGGUGAAUGUAUUGCAAUUCUUGCAGGUGAUGCACUCCUAUCACUUGCUUUUGAGCACAUAGCUAGCAAGACCAAGAACGUUUCGCCAGACUGCGUGGUUCGAGCCAUUGCGGAGCUUGGUUCAGCUAUUGGGUCAAGAGGUGUAGUAGCAGGCCAGAUUGUGGACAUUGAUAGUGAAGGAAAAGAAGUAAGCAUGAAGACGCUAGAGUAUAUUCAUGUCCAUAAAACAGCAAAGCUUCUAGAGGCAUCUGCUGUUUGUGGGGCAAUAAUGGGAGGGGCAGAUGAUGCAAGCAUUGAAAGGCUUAGAAAAUAUGCUAGGUCUAUUGGGUUGUUGUAUCAGGUGGUGGAUGAUAUAUUAGAUGCAACCAAGUCCUCAGAGGAGCUAGGAAAGACAGCCGGGAAGGAUUUGGCAAGUAACAAGGCUACAUAUCCCAAGUUGAUGGGCAUAGAUGAGGCCAAGAAAUUUGCUGCUGAGUUGGUUGAGCAAGCCAAAAAAGAAAUUGCUAGCUUUGAUUCUGCCAAGGCUGUCCCAUUGUUCCAUUUAGCUGACUACAUUGUUAGACGACAGAGUUAGCAAGGUUACUCUAAAACAUCCAUGAUUUUUGCAGGGUUUGUAUAAAGAGAUACACAUAAAAUGCCCUUUCAAUUAUUUUUUCA